ACAAGAUAAAAUGGGAAGAAUUUACUGCAUUUGAGCUCAUGCCAUUAUGAGCAGACGCCUCUCUCGAUUUCGUCUCCAAAAAUCCGCAAACGGACAGAGAUCAUCUCCGGCGCGACCUCCUUCCCCCGCCGACUCACCGACCGCAAUCGAUCCAAUCCUCAAUCCGCAUAUUCCGAGGUUUUUUCACCUGUGUAGACUCGAAUCUAUUGCAUUUCGUUGUAUCGUAUUAUAAUUUCGUGUGUUGUGUUUGAGCGUGUAAUGUAUGUAUCGGAUGGGGGGAAUUUCGGACGUAAAUCGCAUGUUUCAUGUGCUGUUGCUAGCAUGCACCGUUUGACUACGUCGAGAUUUGACGGCCUCUGAGGAGAGAGGGGUUUUCGAAGGUACAGUUGAGAGUGAAGAGCCGAGAGGCUGAUAGAGUGAGGAAGAGAGAGAAAGAGAGAAGGUGAGAUGUCGAAUCAAGUGGUGAAGGUGAGGAGAGAGACGAUUGCGGCAUGCAUGACAUGCCCUCUUUGCAAUAAGCUCUUCAGAGAUGCGACUACCAUUUCCGAAUGCCUUCAUACGUGUUUGUCUUGUGGAUAGAAAUCCUUUGACAGUCCACCUGGUGAAACUUUACCCAGUUUGCAGGAAAUGUAUAUAUAAGAAGCUCUCAGAUGAGGAGUCAGAAUGUUGCCCAAUAUGCAACAUUGACUUGGGUUGUGUCCCAGUGGAGAAACUGAGGCCGGAUCAUAAUUUGCAAGAUGUAAGGGCCAAGGUCUUCCCUUAUAAGAGGCAAAAGGUGAAGGCACCUGAAGUUGUGCCUUCAGUUACUUUACCAGUGAGGCGAAAGGAGAGAUCACUGUCAUCAUUAGUGGUUAGCACACCCAGAGUAUCUGCACAGUCUGGGAUGACUGGAAGAAGAUCAAAAUCUAUUGCUAGAAAACCAUUACGAGGAUCCACUUUUUCUAUUGAGAAGCUUAUAAACAAAGAGGAAGGCUCUGCUGAAGAUCAGCCCGAGAACUCGUCACCUGAGACUCUGGACAAAUUCACCCAGAAUGUGAGACAGAAUGUUACCAAUGCUGAGCCAGAUAACCAUCCUACACCCAAUAAAGAAACAGAAAAUGAUGCUGAACAGUGGAAAGGGAAAGUCGAUAUGUGGAGACCGUUAAAUUGUUUGGUGGAGGCUGCAAAUCGAAGUAAAUCUUCAAGGUUUAUGCCACAGGGUUCUGCUGUAAAAUCAGAACCUUCACAUGUUGCUGACAUUGAUGGUCAUGCCCGUAAAACUAAAGUUAAAGAGCAUGGACACAAGUUGAAAGUUCAAGAUGAAAAGACCAACAGUGGUUCUACUCCUCUAGAAUCAGAAAAACCUAAAAAAUUGCGAAGAAUUCGAAAGAAGGCACCAAGUUUUGGGGACUUUAAUAUAUUCCCUAAUGCUGUAAUUGAUAAUGCAAGUGCUAAAUUUGAAAGAAGGAUUAAUCCAAUUUGGUUCUCGUUAGUGGCAUCUCAAGACCAGGAAGGAGAUGCACCCUUGCCUCAGAUCUCUGCAAAUUACUUGAGAAUUAAGGAUGGGAGCAUUCCAGUUUCUUUCAUCCAAAAGUACCUUGUGCGGAAGUUGGACCUCAUGAGUGAUGAUGAGGUUGAGAUUAGAUGCAUGGGGCAGUCGAUAGUCCCAACAUUACAGCUGAAUAAUUUAGUUGAUUUAUGGCUCCAAACAGCAAGUUCAGACAGGCUACCAGCGAAGAUUGGUACAUCAGCAAAAGAGUUCGUGAUGGUGUUGGUUUAUGCUCGCAGAGUUCCAGCUUCUUGAAGCCAUUCAUAUUAUUUUUCCCGCUUUCUCCUGCCGUUUCAACAACGGCGAAGAAUUGGUGUUAGCCAAUGGUCCGAGAGUUCCUUCGUCUUGAAGACACUCGAUUUUCAUUUUCCUGCUCUCUCUGUUCUUUCAAUAAUCUUGAUUGCGUUUGCACCCAACAAAGUAUGGAAAUAUGGAUUUGCCUAUUGAACUAGCACAGAGGCGUUUAGGAUAGGUUCUCAAUAUGUGUGUGUUGUGUUUACUGUGGUAUUGUAUGAUAAAUUGUACCCUAUUGUACUCUCUAGCUAUCAUUCUAUCAAUCUUAGUAGUGCUACUAUUUCGAGUA